UAGAGGUUUACUUCCGGUAUAAAGUUAUGAUCGUAGGAUUGAUGCGCAUCGGCAAGGAGCGAAACGACCCUCCCAAGGGAUGGGUCCUGACAGUGAGGCAGGCUCCUCUGUGCCCUGGAGGAAGGUGCUGUGGGAGCGUCAGCCGUUCCCUGAUAACUAUGUGGACCAGCGCUUUCUGGAGGAGCUACGCCGAAAUGAGGGCCUGCAUAAGUACCACUACUGGGCUGUGGUGAAAGAAGCAGGCAUUGUGGGACAGCAGCUGUCUUGUGUUGCCAUUUUUAUAACACUAUGGCUUUACAUGGAGCAGGGUUCACUCCUCCCUGAGACACUCUUGUGGACCAGCCUGUUGAUUGCACUGCUGGGCUAUGGACUUCAUCAGCUUUUAAUCACUAAACAUGGGUUGGACUGCAAGCCACGGACACAUCUGGCAAAUUUACAAAGUGCCACUAUUUUCUUGUCUUUCACUUUUGGUUUCUCUCCAGUUCUGAAGACAUUAACUGAAUCUGUGAGCACAGAUACAGUCUAUGCCAUGUCUGCAAUGAUGCUACUCGCCCACCUGAUUUCAUUCCCUUACACCCAGCCGUCUCCUCCAGGCAGCCUCUCUCUCAAUGCAGCUCUGUUUGCUUCUGUGUGUUUGGCUUCCAGGCUGCCUGGAGCUCUGCAUACUUUUGCCAUGCUAAGCUGUGCUAUCCUGGUGUUUGCCCUGUGGCCCUGUUUGUUACAGAAGAUGAGGGAGAGGACUCCUCAUCACUUCACUGUGGUCUGUGUUGGAGUGUGUCUAGGAGGGGUAGUAGGGUUGGGAUCACAGUCUUGUUCUGGAGCCAUGCUUCUGACCAUGGCCUUAUUAAGUGUGACACUGCUCUGCCCCAUUUUGCUUGUCAGACUACAGCAGCAAAAGGACAAUAUUUCUGGACCAUGGGAUGAAGCUGAAAUCCAUGAUGAUAUAAGGCAGUUUGCUCACUGAUGGAAUAAGAUGGCCUUUAAUCUAACUUAAAUAAAUGUCACCCUAAAUGUCACAUACUACAGUACUUAUACAGGUGCUACCUACAGGUAUCUUUGAAUGUGAGAUUUUACAGUAGCAUACUUUGUAUAUCUCGCAUGAUGGGGCCUAAAUAAUUGUGUGCUGUUUUGUAUAAAUUUUAUAUUUUAUUUAUUUGUAAAGGGACAGCACAUAUUAGCCACGUUGGCUAAAUUAGACACAUUUAGCCAACGUGGCUAAUUUCCAUCUUCAGUCCCUCAGCAGGUUGAUGUUAAACAGUCUACAGGACAGGGAAAACACAGCAACAAUCAGAAGUAAAUGUAACACACCAGCACACAUACAACACACACUAUACACACAAUUAUAAGAACAGUUCAUUUGAAAUCAGAAGUUAAAACCAACAACCCCUUAAUAUAAAAUGUAAUUUUGUUAUAAAUGGAGAAAUAUUUGACCCUCGAACAAACACUGUUUUAAAGCUUUGGAAAAUGCUGCAGUGUUGAGAGCUGUAGUAUAUGAGCAGCAGUGUGUUUCACCUAUGGCCUGCUCCAUGAGCAAAAGAGAGAUGUUCAAAAGCACUUUUCCUAAACGGCACAGAGCAGUCACCUCCAGAACCUGCUCUUGUUGUUAAAACCAGUAAUGUCUCUUUAUGCAGCUCUGCAGGGAUGGGGACACUGUCCUUUGGUCCAGUCUGAAGUCUGAUCACUGGCCUUGGGUGAAGGGAGUAGCCUAAACUGAGCCCCCAAACACAUGGACCAGUCAUCACCAAUGAUCUGUGCUGUUCAGAUGUCAUGAUUUUAAAGCGUAAUAAAACCUGUGAUUCAAGAG